GCGCCCAAAAAAGGCGAGCAGCUUGGGGUCCCGAGCUCCGUCUGGAAGGCAGCGCCUGAGGGACAGAGCACCGCGGGGACGCAGCGCCGUGCAAAUCUAGCACUGCAGGGAGGCAGGCGCCGGACAGAGCACCGCACGGGUACUGGCUGGAGCUCAGGAUAAGCUCUCCGUUGUGCGGUCCAUCCUCGGCCGCUUUCCUCCUGGGGUGCUCGUGUUCCUCUCCCCUGCCUGGCCGCUCCAGCUGUGACCUUCAGGGCGUGCUGAAGGGCACUGACAGGUCUCUCUGUGUAGCCCUGGAGUCCUGAAACUGGCUCUGUAGACCAGGCUGGCCUCAAACCCAGGCGGGUUUCAGGCUCACCAUACUCAUCUCUUUUAACACCUGACCACCUCCAUUAGAAGUCCCACCUGUGAAAGAGGUUCUAUCCUGAGAUACUGCAACUUAGCACCUUCCUGUGAUAAUUUUGGGGAGAGAGAAUUCAACUUGAAACACAUUUGUCUGAGGAGUUCCAUAAUAUCACUGUUUAAAGAGCUGCCUUUCCAGGGCUGGACAGGUGGGUGAGCUGUUGGGAGCACUGGCUGGUUUUGCAGAGUGACCUUUUGAAACCUCAAAGCCCGCCCCCAGUGACCCACCUUCUCCAACAAGACCACACCUCCUAAUCCUUCCUAAACAGUCCGCCAACUGGGAACCAGACUUUCAAACAGGAGCCUGUGGGAGGCCAUUCUCAUUCAAAGUACUUACCUGGGAUAAACCACAAACAAAGCAAAAGACAAAAAUCGCCUUCAGUCACCUCCAGCUGAUCACAAUUAACAAUAACAGCAGGAAAGCAAAUAGUAGUCUGACAGGCUGGUGGACAGGCUGGUGGGUGGCAGCGCGCUGCUCCUGAGCACCUCUGCAGAACAGAACUCAAGGCACGCCCACUCUGUAAGCAGAUGCUGAUAGACAUGCAAAUAGUCAGUUCUAAGAACCCACCUCUACCUAGGAAAAGGAGAGCAAGGAGAUUCUGCCAAGACACUGUAAUAGCUGUGUUGACCACAUCUUCUCCUCUAGGUGAAGCAGAAUCCUCCAUCAUGUCGGAUGGAGAUUAUGAUUACCUCAUCAAGUUUUUGGCCUUGGGAGACUCCGGAGUCGGGAAGACCAGUGUACUUUACCAGUACACAGAUGGGAAGUUCAACUCCAAGUUCAUCACCACAGUGGGCAUUGAUUUCAGGGAAAAGAGGGUGGUAUACAGAGCUAAUGGACCAGACGGAGCUGUGGGCCGAGGCCAGAGAAUCCACCUGCAGUUAUGGGACACGGCGGGGCAGGAGAGGUUUCGUAGCUUGACCACCGCGUUCUUCAGGGACGCCAUGGGUUUCCUGCUUCUGUUCGACCUGACAAAUGAGCAAAGUUUCCUCAAUGUCCGAAACUGGAUGAGCCAGCUACAAAUGCAUGCCUAUUGUGAAAACCCAGAUAUAGUGCUGUGUGGAAAUAAAAGUGACCUGGAAGACCAGAGGGCGGUGAAAGAGGAGGAGGCCAGGGACCUGGCAGAGAAGUAUGGAAUCCCCUAUUUUGAAACCAGUGCUGCCAAUGGGACAAACAUCAGCCAAGCCAUUGAGACGCUCUUGGACCUGAUUAUGAAGCGGAUGGAAAGGUGUGUGGACAAGUCCUGGAUCCCGGAAGGAGUGGUGCGAUCCAAUGGCCAUACCUCUGCAGACCAGCCAAAUGAGAAGGAGAAAGGGAUCUGCAGCUGUUGAGACACGAGCGAGCAUUGCGGCAGCACAGGGCACCUGCCUGUGAGCUCGGCCAUGGAGACCAAGCUGCCGCCGUGAGAUGAACAAGACCGCUUCUCCUCAUCUCCAGGAGGCAUGAACUCAGCAGCCAUUUGUAACUUGUCGCAGCUUUAUAAGAUUCUAGUCCAAGAAUUGGGAGAACUACUUCACAGAGCCAAAAGUGUCUUAUAAAACCUAAGCCCGUGGUAGCAGUUCAUUCAGGAAUUCAAGACUUUGCAGCCACGAAAGGUUUCAUCUGUUAUGUAGAAUGCCGAUGGUCCUGUCACCUGCCUUAAAAGCAGUCACCUGCCUCAACACAGAUAGACCUAGAGUCUCAUGAAGACAUUAAGAUCUUUGAGCAGCGGAAGGCCAUCAUGGUCUUGAGAAUCCAGAUUUCAAAAUCCAUGCUCUAGAACAUCAGUCUCAAACACUUGCAUGUUAGGGAUGUGCACACCGGGCCAAUGUCUUUCAGUGUUACCUUUAAUGCAGGCCUUCCCCUUGACGUGAACAUAAACGAAUGACGGCCGUAUCUCUAGACUCUGAGCAGAGUGGAUUGAAUUUAUGUGAGUUUGGUGGUGGUGGGAGGGGUUUGUGGAGCAGGGGUGAGGAUGUAGCAGGAGCAAGGGAGGUCAUGGAGACCCGUGUGUUUAUCCAUGAUUGUUGGUUUAGUCUGUGUCUGAACAUGGCUUGUGCUUCUGGUGUAUGUAUAAGAAGAGAUUUCUCUCUCUCUCUCUCUCUCUUUUUUUUUUUCUCUUCCUACUUGUACAUUUGUUCUGGCGCAUUCCGACUGCAGUUUCUAUUGGUUUGUAGACUGCUAAUCUGACUUUUCCACCAGGCUGGGUGUUCUCUUUUUAAUCAAGCAGCAUGUGCAUUUGCCAUCAGCAGGGAGAUCAGUGUCGGGACUUAAGCAGCCACAUUUGUAUGCUAGUUAAAGAAAGUGUUCUGUAGCCUGAACCUUUCCCUGGGAAUGUGGGCAUUUCUGUACUUGCUCUUAUCUUGCCAAGAUCAUGUGCUGUGCUCUGUCGCCACCGUGUCUUCAGGCCCAAGACGGGUGGCUAAAAAUAUUCUUCACAGAACCUACUUCUAAAGACCUAAGGUGUCUCAUUUAGAACAAAAUUCUUAUCAAAGUGGCUUAAAGGAAGUAAGCCAAAAUCUGCAACAAAUCUCACCACAGGAAAAAUAUCAGCAGCUAUAAAUUUAAGAAGUAAAAACUGUGGGGUUUUUUGUUUUGUUUUGUUUUACAGUAUAAAUGAAAAUAAGUACUUUGCAUGGUAGUUUUUAAGUGGAUUUUACUUUAUUUUUUCUCCUGAAACAGGGUCUUACCCUGGCUGGCCCGGAAUUCCUGUGGUAGAUCAGGCUAGCUUGAAACUCAAGAGAUCCACCUGUCUCAGCCUCCCAAGUGCUGGGAUUAGAGGGGGAGCCCUCACACCCAGCUCUCAAAAGGCUUUUUAAUUGACCAUCUAUCAUUCUUGUCCUUUGACACCGCCCCUCCCCAGCAAAAUUAGCCGUGGCUGCUAAGCUUAGUCUGUCCUUGAAACAGCAGAGUUGUCACUGAGGCCUCUGCAUCUGAACCCUGAAACUCUGGGCCCAUGCACAGCAGUGCCUUCCAAAGCUGCUCUAAGACUUCAGUAGAGCUUAUCACAUACCAGAGCACGUUUUUAAUGUCUCAUAAAUAAAGUUAAUGUGCCUGGUGCUGGUGGUGUAGGCCUUUAGUCCCAGCACUUGGGAGACAGAGGCAGGAAGAUCUCUGAGUUCAAGGCCAGCCUGGUCUACAGAAAGAGUUGCAGGACAGCCAAGGCUACACAGAGAAACCCUAUUUUUGUUUUAAAAAAAUGUUGAGUUUGCAUGGUGUACCUUUCAAGAAGUAGAUCCAGAGUUAGCACUGGGGCCUGUUGGCUCCACGCCGGGCACAGGGUUAAAUGCAUGUGAUUGAUGCUUACACGAGAACUGCCUCGAACUGUUGGGAAAAAACCUGUAUUCUCUUUAAAAAUGGUUUAAAUUUGAUAUAAAAUAACCAUAUUUUCUGUGUCAAUGUAUUUUUCUAUUUAUAAAUCUGUAUAAAAGCAAAUGAUCUUCAGUGAACUUUGUGCCAAUUAAACCAUAAUUAAAAAGUCGGUCCGGUGUAUCA